AUGCCCAAAGACAAUGGGUUGGUGACAGACGUUGUUGAGAGAAACCCUUUCACUUUGGGGGACAGCUCUACUCCAAGCAAAACAGAAAAGCUGCAGGAGUUCCUUGGCAGAUUGCAGGAGCAAAGCCCCGCCCAUCUCCCCGCCCCCAUCCCUGAGGUCCCGCACAUCGCUUCGCGCCACAAACGGCGGAAGUCCCGCCCACCGCCGUGCCCCUCAACGCCGUUGCGCUGCCCUUCGCUUCCGGUCGCGGUGCCAUGGCAGCGCAGGGGUGGUUCAAACCUGCAGCGCUACCUCAGCGGCCCUCCCGCCGCACAGCCCCGCCGCCGCCGCAAGAAGAAGCUCCCGAGCGGCUCCGGCAGAGCCGGGAUGCGGAUCGUGGAUGACGACGUGGGCUGGAGCAGCAUCGCCGCUGUGCCCGAGAAGGAAGAGGAGGAGGACGAAGGCGACAUGCCCGUGGUGGCGGAGUUUAUUGAUGAGCGUCCGGAUGAGGUGAAGCUCAUGGAGAAGUUCCGAACAAACAGUAAAUGCUUUUACCAGAAUGAAGACUCACCAAGCUCGGAUAUUUCGGUACCUGCCAAAGCUACCACAAGUGUGGUGUCCCACGAUGCCUCUUUGUUUCUGGAGCCCCCUGUGUUUCUGGAGGGCAAAAUGAUGUCUGGGGUCAGAGCUGGCUUGGUAUCAGCUGAUGUGCUGCGGAGAGAGCAGCAGGAGCUCAGGAAGCAGGAGAGAAGUAGCAAGCACUUGGAAGAGGAAUCGCGACACACAGAAACCAUCUUCCACGACAAGUCAGGCCGCAAGAGGGACCUUGUGCAGGAACGGCUUGAGCAGCAGCAGAAAGAUGAAGCCAAGUCUGAACGAGAUGAACAAUAUGCCAGAUGGGGAAGGGGGCUAGCACAGGGGAGGCAACAGCAGCAGAAUGUGGAAGAUGCCAUAAAAGAGAUGCAAAAACCUCUGGCCCGUUAUAUCGAUGAUGAGGAUCUGGAUCGGAUGCUGAGAGAACAAGAGAGAGAAGGAGACCCAAUGGCUGAGUUCAUCAAAAAAAGGAAAGCCAAAGAGAGCAAGGAAAAGAAAGAAAAGCCGAGGUACAGUGGACCAGCCCCUCCUCUCAACAGAUUUAAUAUAUGGCCUGGGCAUCGCUGGGAUGGUGUGGACAGGUCCAAUGGAUUUGAGCAGCAGUUCUUUGCCAGGAUGGCCAACAAGAAGGCAGCUCAGGAGUUUGCAUACAAGUGGAGCAUUGAAGACUUUCGCAACUUAUUUUAAAGGCUACAGUUUUAAAAUUUUAGAUGUAGGUACAGAUGUUUAUUACUACCACGGGGACCUUAUAGCAAAGUUCAUUACAGUACUGAAUUUAUAAUACGUGUAUUAAAAUUUUAUUACCAGGUACUUUCUUGCUAAGACAUGUCUGUGCAAAGCAGUGGAGUACAGGAGAGUUUAGCUGAUGCAAUUUACACACAAAAAUGAAGCCUUUUGUAUUGUUGCCCAGAUGCAAAUUGGAAAUACUGUGAUGGCUGUUGUGGAUAAUAACAUAAGGGCUUUGAAAUGGCUCUGCAGCUUCAGGAGGAACAGGGGAGCAGCCUCUCUCUGUCUGCUGAUGGAUCAGGUGUGUCUGCAAACAGGCUGUGAGUUUGGCUGGGUUGGAACGCCUGCAGCCCAGAGCUGCUUUGCAGUGUCCCGUCAGCACCAGAAGAGUGGAGGAGGACAGUGUUAUGUGGCUCUGAGGGUUCAGUAAGAUCUGACAAGUAGAGGGGUGUGAAUACUUCUGCCCUGUACUUCUCACUCGAGCGCUUCCAAAGCCAGCAUUAUACCCUUUGCAGGUACAGAGCUGGGUCUGGUAUCUCUUGUGUCAAGUGCAGGAUCUGGCUUGUGGCAUGCUGGCUUCGUGUGCAAGAUAUCCAACGCACAUCUGACUUGGGCAGCGAGAGGAGGAAAGCUGCCUGCACCUUGCUUGAGGGCUCCCACAUCUCAGGAGGGAGCAGGAGGGCGGUGAGGAUGAGUGCUGCCUCCCCCUACCAGGCCAUGGCAGCCGGCAGAGGGUGCUGGCACACUGGGUUUGGCCGUGCCUGUGGCACAGAGGGAUGCCCCUGCCCAGGCUGGAUGCCCAAGGCGUGGGUGCAGCCGUGCUCAGCACUGCUGGGUGCUGCAUCUCACACGUGCUAGGGGUGCAGGGGUGUUUGGGGUGUGCUGCAUAUCCUGGAGCCCUACCUGAGGUUUGAGCACACAGGUUGGUCCCUGUGUGUGCCUUCCUUCCCGUGCUGACCCUGUGCAUGCACGUGUGUUGGUCAGGGAGGGGGGAGGAUGGCUUGUCCCAUUGCCCUUGGUCUGUGUCCUGCUUUGGCACAGCUCUGUCUGACGUGGCUGUGUGUGAGUGGUUCUGGCAGCAGAGAAAUAGGAAAAUGCUCCGGGAUCCUCUGGGAUGAGAGGGGUGAUGGAGACGAAGUGAGCGGCGCUGGGAAGUGGAUCUCUUGAUUAUUGUUUUUGGAAGGGCAGCAGUCCCAUUCUUGGCAUCUUAACAGCAACUUUGAUUAGCUUUAACCAAAAAAAAAAAAAAAAGAAUAUUAAAAUCUUAAUUUAAUUUAAAACACUGUCAUUCAUAGUCAUGGCAAACACCAAGCAGAGUAAUUAUUAUGCAAAUGAGGCAGAUAGAAAAAAUGAUUAAUAAUUGCACAAAUUAAAAAUUAUUGUAAACAUCCUGUGACGAGUGAUAAGUCCGCGAGGAGUGCGUGCGCAGGAGGCAGCGUUGCUCUGCCAGCUCCUGCAUCCUGAUUUUCUCAUUAGUGGGAUUUAAUUAGCAAAUGAUGCGGAGGAACCGAGCAGCGUUUGGGGCGGGUUGAGGGUCGCUGCGCCCGGUGUGCGGUUCCAGGUGAUGGCAGAGAGAUGCUGGGAUGCAGACUGAGCUUUGCAUUCAGCUCCAUCCCAACAACUGUGGCUUUUAGGGUGUCUGGGCAGGGAGAAGGGGGACCUACAGCUGCUGCUGGGGAUGGCAGUGCUGUGCUGUCCCCACGUGCACCCUGCUUGCCCUCGUGCCACCCAGCUCCUGCUCUCUCCCAUCCCAAGGUCCUGGGCUCCGAGCUGCCCCAGCAGCAGGCUUCACCCCUGACCAGCCCCCAAAUGGGCAGUUGCUAAUUACUAGGAGAGUUUGCUCCCUCCAAGAAUUAAUGAGCUUAUUUGUCUGGCAUUUUGCUGCUAAUUGCAUAACAUUAUUUUUUUCCCCCUGUUCGACUGUUUUGCUUUUAUACUUUUGACAGCGAGCACGAUAAUAAUAAUAAUAGGCUUACACUGGCUAAUAGGCUUACGUGGUGCAUUAUUCAUGUCAAGGACAAGCAAUUAAGCUUGGCCUCACACAUAAUAAUUAGAUUUUUGUUGAUGAGCUCAUCAGUAAUGUGUUUAGUCAAGAUUAAGAGCUUAAUUCCUGGUGGGUGACAUCACCUGCCCCCCCGCGACCCCUGGCCAUGGUGUGGGGUGCAGGAGGACCACUGCGCUGUGCUGGCUGAGCAGGGCAGCUUUGUGGAGGGUGGUGAGAUGUGUGUCUGUCCGUGUUUCACACCAGGCGACAGAUGGAAGUGGUCUCUGUGAAAUGCUGUGAUUUCCUGCCUGGUUCCCAAUGAGCGCUGUUUCCCUGAGCCCCGCAGUGCUCAGCGUGGAUGGAUGGAGGGAAAUGCGCCUUCCUCUGACUCUUUUUUUUUUUUUCCCCUUUUUUUUCUUAAAUAGCUCUGCUGAAGUGGGUUCUGGCAGGUGACACGUUAUUGUAACCGUUUCCUGCUGCGAUCUCCUAUUAUUUUUUUAAUUAAAAAGAGCCCCGGAUUUGUCAUUUUAAUUUUGCUCUAAAUGGCAGCGGCCCUGAGCGGCAGGCGCUUGGUGAAGGCUGUGUAAGUCACCCUGAGCUGCUGGGACAGCCAAGAGAUGGGGCUGAAAGAUAGGGCUGAGUAUAGGGCUGGUGUGGGACCCCCUAUGGGCCCUCCAUGGGACCCCCUGAGCUCCAGCAGCACGCUGUGCCCUGGGACCGGGAGCCCAUCCCAGCUGGCAGCGAUGCCAGGAGCACAGAACCAAUAAGGCUGCCAGGUUAGUGAUUGCAUAUGCACGUGUGCACUUUUCCUAAUUGUGGAAUAAUUAGGGACACACAGAGAUAAAAAUUACUAAUAUUUACUCUAGACUCUGUUGUUUUUUUGUUUUUUUUAAAUAACCCCUCUCUUGCUUCGUUCUCCGAGUCUUGGUGGAAAUAACUUUGCAGAUCCCAGUUAAUGAAUAUUUGUAAAUGCAAGAACAUUCGGCGCUGGAAUAUCCAGAGGGCAUCCUCUCUCUUCCUUGUAAUGCUUUUAUUUUUUUUCAGGGGAUAUUUAAUAUUUAUGGUUCCAUAUCCUCGUGAAUAGAAGGAGCCACCCGCAAACCCCGAGGAGCAGAGAGGCUGCGGAUAUUUAUGGCGCUUCCUUUUCUCCCUUUUCAAUUACAAAGACACCUCGCAUAAUGAAGCGCUAAUAACCUUGUUAAUCUAGGAUUGAUACUCUUUUCUCCUGGCCGUCUCUUAAUAGAAUUAAGAACAGAUUAAUAAUCAACGGGAGGUGACGCUGCACGUGCUGGAGGGAGAGGGAUGGGCCGUGGUGUCCCAGGUUUGGGAUGCGGGCAUGGGGUGAGCUGGCAGUGCUCUGCCGGGGGGGGCGAUGGGUUUUCCCUCCUCUUUACACAGCUUAAAUUUUUAAGACAAACAGCCGUGUAACGCCAUCUCCUAAUGAAACUGUUUUAUGUUAAUUAAUUAUGUAUCAAGGCUCAUUUUCAUGCGCAGCCCGGCUCCGCUUCCCCUCUGCCGAGCCUUUGAUCUGUCAGAGGCUAAACGGGAGAUAAAUAAUCAAAUUAAAAAGCAGCCUGGAUGGAAAUAAACACAUUUAAGCUGUGUUAUCUGGCGGUUGGCGUGGGGCUCUGAGUUCAGUUGCUCUGUGGGCUCCUCCUGUGCCUCAGUUUCCCUGCGAUGUCCCCGUGUCCCACUGCCACCACCAGCGCCCAGCCUUACAGGUCGUAAUUGGGGAGUGCUUUAUGGCCAUAAUAAAGUCGCCGUGUUUGAGCCUGCCUGCAAUUACCAGCUCACAGAUUUCUUCUUUAAGGGCUCUGAGCAGAGAGGGGUGACCGCCUGGGCUGGGUGCACGGGUAGCGUAACCCACGUCUUGUUGUGCAAUCAAAGGGAGCAUGGAGAGCUCCAUGCCCUCCAGGCUGGCUGCAGGCCCUGCUUUUGAGCUUCUGAAGGCUUUCCUCUGCUGCGUCGGUUCUCAUUAAUCGGAGCUGGAGCUGGCUUAGGGGGCAGCACGCCCAGGGCAUCGGGAGGGCUUUCAGCUUGGCAAAACCCAACCAGACUUCUUUAAUUCUCCAAAUCCAACCGAGGUGGCAGCUGAGCUGCAAAAGGAAGGUGGGGGGGCGGCUCUCGCACAAAGGGAUGCCCAUUUGCAGCAAGACCUCUCCCUCCACCUAAAUGCAAAAGGAGAAGGGAAGGUGCUGUAUAAGAUGCGUGCAAAGGCAUCGUGCUGGAGGGCUGUGCUGAGAGCUAAUCAGGUCAAUGCAUUUUUAACGUGGCAUAGGAAAUCUUUAUGUUUUUUGUCAGUCUCAUUCUUCUCCCCGCUCCCUCUGUAGGGGGGCUGAAUUAUUUAAUGCUGAAUAUGAAGUGGAGCUGUUUUCCCUCUGCCGGGCUGCUGACGGUGCGUUUUGGCCUGGGAAGAUUGGCAGAUGGCUGUUCUCUGGGGCGGGUGCAGGGGGAACCCAUAAUGCUGAGCAAAUUACCCACUUACAGCCAGAUUUACAGAAUCACUGAGAUCCCACUUAAAGGCAUCUCAAUAAAUAGGCCAGAUUUGCUCGAGCGUGCAGCACCCAGCGGCUCGGAGAUACACCCUGAUGGAGCACUCCCAGCCUCUCUGCGUGGAGUUUUUCCAUUUCUUUGCAUGCAGCAGCAAAAUCUGCUCCUCUCACAUCGUGCCUGGCCUGCCUGGAGGCAUCCUGGGAUGGAGUGAUGGCGUUGGUGGGCAAAGGAAGGGCUCCAGGUUGGAGCACGCGGGGCGAUGCGUGGACUCAGCCCCAGUAGGGUAUCACGAAACGUGUGUUGAUGGGCAGAGGUCGGGCAUGAUGGUGAUCACACAACAGGUGAAUCAACACAGAGGGCUGCUCUGCGUAUCAGGGUUUAUCUUCUCCAUUAAUGGCUUUCUAAAUUGGUGGCAGUGGAGCAAAAAAACCCAAUUUGAACUCAGAGCAUGCAUGAUUACUAUUGUAAUAACCUUGGCUAAUAAGAAUAUGAUGUGGUGUUAGGCUAGGAAAGAAAACACAUUUCUCAUUAGCUUUUUGAUUAAUUACUCCACAUAAUUUCCUAGGGGGACAAGCCUGGGACUGAUUGCCUUUGCUUUUGACGCGCAGAAGUGGUUUACCUUAACUUAAUAAUUUUCUCAGUGACAUUUUAAUGGCAGCCCUCAGUUCAGCUCUGGUUGGCUGCAGGCUGUGCUCCCACUCUGGGCAGGGGGUGGUGCCCUCUCCCAGCCCCAUAUGGCGCUGUAUAGCCGCAUAUGGCCCAGUGUGGGCUCAGCAGAGGUGUUUUGCUUUAGUACCUGGGAGUCUGACAGCUGUAGUGCCAUGUGAGCACUGCCAGGAAUCCAGCUGCUGGAAGGCAGCUGGAUAAGUUUACAUGUAGAAGCGACAGAUUUCCUUCCAUGCCUUAUAAUGCAAAUAUGAGACAGGAGCGAAAGUGUGGGGUGGUUGGGUGAUGUUGCCGCAUAGGGUGGUAUUGAACUGAGGUUGGAAGGAGGGGAAAGGCUGGGAGGGGAGCGAACAGAGAUCUGUUGGUUUCUGUUGCUGGAAAUUGAGUUAUGCUUUGGAUUUCUCCAUGAUAACAUCACGCUGAACGUUGAUGUCUUGUUGUUGCAGGUGGUGCUUUGUCAUAUGGAGUGUGACGGGGGGAGGCACGGGCACUGCUGGGCCAUGGCCCCACGUGUCCCACGCUGAGAUGUGCUGCAAAGCGAAGUGACCCGCCGUGGCUGGCGGCUUUUACGCCGUAAUUAAAACAUUGGCGAGUCCAUACAAAUUUCCACUAACUGAAAUGUCAGGGUAAUUCUCACCCUGCUGCCGUGACAUUUCUGGGGGCAUUGUCUGAGAGCGGAUGGCGUGCUGCUGCGAGCUGCCUUCCCCCGGUCUUAUUGAGCUUUGUGUUACUUUGGUGCUCCCCAGGACCUUUAUCCCACGGCUCAUCUGCACCUGGGGGCUCAUAGAACUAAAAGUAGGGCCUGGCCUUGCUGGGAGUCUGCCAAGCAAAAGGGCAGAGCUGCAGAGAACAGCCUCUAAAUGGAAACCGGAGCACAGCAUCCUCUGAGCACAGGUGAGGGGCAGGCAGGGGUGCACAGAGGAUGUGCUCUCAGUGCAAUAACCCUGCAGGAUGAGCACUGUGCGUGCACUGGGGGUUACCUGCAAGUGAUGGACCCAUGGUGUGCACAACUGCUGAAAGCAGGAGGUGGGCAAAGCCUCCCUGUGUGCACGGGGGGGGGUGGUGUGUCACACCUCAGCACUGCAGAGUUGCUGGCUGGGUGCAGGGAGCGUAAGCGGCGGCGAUAUUUAUGUUUCCGCCUAAAAGCCUGGAUCAAAGCAGACACUUUAAUCUACUCAACAACAACUCAAGGAUUAAAAAGUUGCAGGCAAAUCACAGCCCUAAAUUGGUAAUAUAUUUUUGCUUGUCAGUUGACAAAUCAUUCUGUAAAUCCGUUCUGCGGCUUUCUGUAUUCCCUGUAGCAGGAAGGGAUUUGCCAACCCCAACCGCUGUCUCUCAGGAGGUGGCACACAGGAGGGGCACUGCUUUCCCACUGGGACCAGUUCUACGUGUUCACACUGACUGCUCGGUUGGGGAGCAGCGUGCCAGGGCCAUCCCCUACUUAUAUGUUCUCUGCUGCUCCAGUUGUUGUUUCCUUCUUUCCGCCAUGCACAUCUCUCUCCCCAUUGCAGUUAGGGGCUGGUUGCAUGCUGGGGACACUGCUGCCCCAUCCCCUCUCGAAACUGCUGUGACUUCUGUUUGCCAGAAUGUUUCAUUUUCAAACAAAGUAAUUACUAAUUAAUUGGCGAGGAGCUUUAUUUCUAAUCCCUUGGCUCCUAGGAGGGAAAUCUGCCUGUUUUCUGGCCGGACGUCUGUGGCGGUGCUUGAUGGCUGCACCAUCUGGCGGGCUGGAAAUAAUUAGCAGGUGUCCGGUGUGGGAGCAGCCAUCUCCUUGCGAGGAAAAAAUACAAAGCUCCUGGGCCUCUGUGCUUCACUUCUCCCUUCCCUGCGGGUCCAUCAAUAUGCAGCGCCCGUUACCUCAAUGAAGGACCAACGCUGCCUUUGUGCAGUCAAGGUUACCUCCACGCCGUGCUCUGCAGCAGCCUCGUGGUGCUCACACCCAGCUCACUGCCAGCCCUCCCAGCCCCAGGACGCCUCCCGCGCCCAGCAGAACCUCUGCCCCACAUCCCUGCCUUCCGAGCGGCCCUCUGCAGCCAUGCACACAUCUGCCAGGUGGGUUUUUCAGCAGCAAAUCCCGCUCGAAGGAGAGGGGUUUGGGCGAAUGGGAAGUGGCAGGCGGACCCACUCGUGCAAUAGCACGGGCUGCCAGACACACCUGCUCCCGGCGCCGUAAUGAAGGCAAAUAUUUAGAGAAUGGCAGAGUCCAAAUUGCUCAGCGUUUCAGUCGGAAUCAACAGCCUUUCGGAGGCUGGGAUUAAUUUGAAGGAAUUUACUGGUGGAGCUGGUGGCAGAUAAAACAGUUUGCUUAUUUCACACUUGUAUGGCCACCUGCUACGAACUGUUUGUUCAGUUUCAAAUUCUUUAAUUAAAAUCAACAUAAAGCAGAUUGAAAACAUCCCAAGAAGGGGAUGCUUGAUUUGCUGGAGGAUAUUGCAGAAGACAUGCCAAAGCACUGCCAAGGCGCCUUACCCAUCAGAGCCCCGGCAUGUGCUGCCCAUGGGCGCAGUUGGCCGUGGCCCCCGGCCCUCCCCAGCCCCGUCAGUGAUGCUCAGGCACCUGUGCUCCCUGCCCCUCACUCCAGGGCACCAUUUAUCCUCAUUUCUUCCUCCCUACGUCCUCCCUGCAAGGCGAGCCCUGCGCACUCAGUGCACGGCGGUGCGUCGGCCCCUUUGUGCGGCUGAUUAGAGGCCCUCCUCCACCAAACAUCAAAGCUUCAAUUAACACAGGCCGCUCGCAACCCUCUUGCAGAACUCAGAUAAGAAUGGAAUUUUCCCUUGGAAAAUGGAUUUGUAUUUAGCUGCGUGCUCUGUGCAGUAAAUGACCUGCUCUGUGCGGUGGCAGAGAGGGUCCGGGGACAAUUAGGGUGCUCAUUGGGAACCGGUUAUCUGAAGGAAACAGGCACGCUGCUAUUUAGCUGUCUAAUAUCCCAAUGGGAGGGGAACCAAAAUUAAAAACUGUCGCUCUUUUCAGAGCCAUUUGAAUCUGAAGGAGGAUUCCUUUUCUAUUCGGUGGCUUUUCACUCGAAGGUUUCCCCCCCCACCCCCUCUCUCUGACUCCCUUAUUUGCGUGUGGCCGCUUGCAGAUGAGAAGAAUGGAGAGGGGAAGGAGGGCUGACUGUGCUGGGGGGCACAGUGCUGUGCUGGGGCUGCUGAACGUCCCCACAGCUGCUUGGUGCUGGGACAGCAGGGCAGUGGGAUAGUAGGACCGUGUGACAGCAGGACAGUAGGAUGGCAGGACAGAAGAAUAGUCGGGCAGUGGGACAGUGGGAUGGCUGGAUGGCAGGACAGUGCGAUGGCAGGGCAGAAGGACAGUGGGGCAGUGGGAUAGAAGCCCUCCUCAGCCCCACAACCUCGGGCAUCCCUCUGGGGUGGCAGGGCAGUAGGACAGAAGGACAGUGGGACAGCAGAGCAGUGGGACGGCAGGAUGGCAGGACAGUAGGGCAGUGGGAUGGCAAGACAGUGGGGUGGCAGAACAGAAGGACAGCAGGACAGAAGGGCAGUGGGGUGGCAGGACAGCGGGACAGGGGUACAGCAGGAUGGCAGGACAGUAGGACAGCAGAGCAAUGGGACAGCAGGAUGGCAGGACAGUAGGACAGCAGGGCAGUGAGUGGACAGAGGGGUGGUAGGACAGCAGGAUGGUAGGACAGCAGGACAGCACGGCAGUGGGACAGUGGGAUGGCAGGGCAGUAGGACAGCAGGGCAGUGGGAUAGCAGGAUGGCAGGACAGCGAGAUGGCAGAACAGUAGGACAGCAGGGCAGAAGGGCGGUGGGACAGAGGGAUGGCAGGACAGCAGGGCAGCAGCCCUCAGCCCCAUAGCCUCAGGCAUCCCUCAGGCACGUGGCUCCUCCGCACAGCAGCAGCAUCUCAGCAGAGGAUCCAGUGAUGCUCGGAGACAGCGCCGGAGCCUCUCCACGUAUUCAUCAAAGCUUGUGCAUCUCCCACUCCAAUGCAGGCGAAACAAUAACAAACACACAGUGCAGAAAGUUAAUAUGUAGCCAGACGAGCGUUUUAAUAACUGGAAAGGUUAAAAAAAAGCCCUCUCAGGCUCCGUGUGGGCUCCUGCCAGCUCGUGUUCCUGAGAGUCUGGGAGACCCAGAGUACCAUGACUGUAUUGAUUCAAUUAUUCUCUACAAUGUAAUACUCUGCAUUUGUGUGAUAGCAACAAACAGAGUUGAAAGACAUACAAAAAUAAAUGAUCUGAAAGUUAA